GCAACUACAGAUAAUAAAGAUAAUAAUUUAUUCACGAUAUCGUGAUAUUAUUUAGAUUAAUUAUCUAUAGAUAGAUAUUUGCGACAGUCUUCUGACUCCUAUGUUUUAUAUUUAGUAUUAUAUUAUUAUCUUUUCUAACUCGUUUACUCGUAAGUCGCAAGUCGUAGGUGAUUGUCAUGGCAAAUUGAAUGUACUUAUUCAUUUAUUUUAUUAAUUGUAAUUUGUUAAUUUAUAUAGUAUGUACCAAGCGUGUUGGAGGUAGCUUACAAAGUAGAAGAUCAAUUAUAAAAAUAAAAUAAGGUUGUAUUUCGAAAAAGUUACUUACAUUAUUUUAAUUUUUAAACUAAAUGUUAUAAAUGCUCAUUGUAUAUACUAAUGCCGAAUACUUAUAACUAACAUUAGAAAAAAAACAAUUACCUAGGCCAUUUUUUUUUAACGGUUAAUACUACUUUUGGAAGAUGUCAAAACGCUAUUUCAAAAAUGUAUUUCUUGAUGGUCAGGAACUUAAUUCAAAUACGUCUCAUGAUUUUUGGAAAGAUAAUGUGUACCGUCUAAUGGAGUAUGUAAGUCAAAAUACUUCAUCGUCGCCUGAUAAUGACUUGUACACUGGAACAAUUGGAAUCGCAUAUAUGUUUUAUCAUUUAUCUAAGUCAGAAGGGUUUAAAAAUGAUUCCACUGCCUUAUUGAAUAAAGCAGUUGCAGUUUCAAGACUAAUGGGACACAAUUUAUCUGAAAAAUGCUCAAGUCAAUUCAUUUGUGGCGAUGCUGGAAUUAAUGCUGUUAAUGCUGCUAUAUAUCACCAAAUUGGAGAUGAGAAAACUGCAGAAAUGUAUUUAGAGCGUUUUAAAAAUGGAUUAGCUGUUUGUAAGCCAAUUAAUUUUUUUAAGCCGGGAGGAGACGAACUAUUUGUUGGUCGUGCUGGUUAUCUUUAUGGACUUUUAUGGUUAGAAAAAGUUUUUAGUAAGAAAAUAAUAGCUGACCAAGAUAUUAUUGAACUUUGUUCAACAAUUGUGGAAUCUGGACGCAAUUAUUCUAAAAAAAAUAAAAGUAUAUUUCCUCUCAUGUACUCAUAUUAUAAUACAGAAUAUUUAGGUGCUGCUCAUGGUCUGUGUACAAUUCUACAAGUAUUAAUUUCAUUUCCUUGUUUUAUUGAAAAAGAACAAAAAGCUAUGGAAGAUAUCAAAACAUGUAUAGAUACACUAAUAUCGCUUCAAACAUCAAGUGGUAAUUUUCCAUGUGCAAUGGAUGAAUUGAAUUCAAGAAAAAGACCUGAAAAAGAUGAACUGGUUCAUUGGUGUCACGGAGCUCCAGGUGUUGUAUACUUAUUAGCUAAAGCAUAUUUGGUUUUUAAAGAACCUUCUUAUUUGGAAUGCUGUUUAAAAUGUGGAGACUUGGUUUGGACGAAAGGACUAUUAAAAAAAGGCCCUGGAUUAUGCCAUGGAAUAGCUGGAAAUGGAUAUGUUUUCUUACUACUAUAUAGAUUGACCGGCGAUAAAAAACAUUUAAACCGAGCUAUACAAUUUGGUAAAUUUAUAUUCACCGAUGAAUGUAUUCAAGGAUCCAGAAGACCAGACAAUUUGUACAGUUUAUACGAAGGAUUAGCUGGCACAGUGUGUUAUUUAAGUGAUUUAAUUCAACCAGAGAAAGCUAGUUUCCCAUUUUUAGAUGUGUUUUAAUUAUAACUUUUUUUAUAUCAAACAAAUAUUAAAUGUUUACUUCUGACUUAA